AUGAACACGAAGGGGCAAGAUUCUGAACUAGUACUGAAUAGUCUUGCGGAUUGCUACGUUCUCGUUGAGCAAAAGCUUCCCAGUCUGAGCCCGGGAGACAUCGCCACACAUCUGCAAUCGUCCGCAACUUUUUUGAAGCAAUACAACGGAAUUGGCAUCCUCACGACUAUAGCACAACAAGGUUCUGGAUUAUUCAAUGUCCUGAGAGCAAUCACAUCAGAAACUGAUUUCUCCGCUACCGAGCUCAACCUACGCGACUCAGCCGGCCCAAUUGAACAUGUUUUCACCAAUGAGAACCUGUCAUCUGCUUCCAAGACCUACAAGUUGGGUCACAGGCCCGCAGAGGAUGUCAACGGACUACCCAACGGCAACAGCGGUGACAUGAAGAUAUGCGUACCUGCGCUGCCGUUCAUCAGUUCUUCUGCUGCCGGUGUUCGCAACAACGACAAAAUAGUUUUCACAUUCCCCGCCAAGCAGGUCACCGAGAAGCAGACAAAAACUCCAGAUAAUGACCCGGUUCUCACGAUUCUCAUCGAUCAGCCAUCGACAUAUGUCGGCUUUGUCGCCAUCCCUGCCCACUUCGCAUCCAACGCCGCUUACAACUUCGCACCAUCAAUUUUCGGGUCUAUCCCAUGCAUCCAACCAAACACAACAUCAUUUUUCACCGUCACUACCCCGCCUCUGGAUCUGAACUCAUUCGAUAAUGUGGCGGGAUUGAAGAUUUAUGGCCUGGUUGGUCUGUUGUGGGGCGGCGACGUUUCUCAUGGAAAUGUUGCUACCAACUUCCGAGGCUACGGUGUCUACAGUACUGAACGGACUUGGGGCGUUGUUGAAUUAGCCAACGGGACCAUCUACCAAUUGCCAAAUACCGAUUACCGUAUUCUGUUUCGAGCACUCACACGGGGAGGCAACUUGAACAGCUCAAGCGAUUAUGACAGCUGGCUGAGCCCGAUCAUUGGUGUCAAUAUCACGAAUCCCGGACAUUCCAAACCGUGGCCUACAUAG